AUGGGCGUGAUUUCGGGGCUCUCCGCAUUGUCUUACAUCCUGGCUCUCCUGGCUACGGGGGCUUUGCUCACCUUCACUGGGCAUUCCCGCCUGGACGGGGAGCAGUGGUGUUUCUCCAACCCGGAAAGCAUCAACGGGCCGUUUAUAACUGCUAAGCACUGGUCCCUUGGAAGCUACGGCAUUGCUUACAUCACUGCGUCGGUGCUGAGAGAGCCGGGUUUCCAAUGUACUACGAUUGCCGGAGCGCAUCUGGCCGAAAACAUCACCUUCACGGGGCCAGCGACUUGCCGCACACUCAUACCGAUAUCUGUGCACCAUUAUUGGAACACGGUGACGAUCAAGCAAACAGAUGGGACAAACUGCAGCUCCUGCAUGUAUUCUGACGUCCCUGUGGGGGGCCCCUGGCCUCAAAUUCCAUGCGCGAAGCUGCCGCCGCACACCGGAGAGGGUGUUCCGGGAUUCUUAGGCUUCCGCAUCUCAUGGGCUCCUUGA